UCGGGAAUGAUGCCAUCAGACAUGCCACGCCCCGCUACACAACUGACUGUCAACACCAUCCCUCUAUACGAUCACAAUCUUCAAUCCUUUCACAAUUCUCUCACAACCACACUCAAUUCAAUCGCUCUGAUCUACCUUCCUACCUCCCUCUAAAUUUAACAUCUGCGUCAAAUAUUCAGAUAAUAGCCACAACCACACAAAAAUGCCACCUACAAUCACCGUCAUCGGCUCGCUCAACUCCGACCUCAUCACACGCACAUCCCGCAUCCCGGCACCGGGCGAGACCCUGACCGCUCAAUCCUUUGACACCGGCUCCGGCGGCAAAGGCGCCAACCAAGCCGUUGCCUGCGCUCGCCUUUCGCGACCUUCCUCCUCCAGCAAUGGCCCCUCCUCCAAUUCCACCGUCUCCGUACGCAUGAUCGGUGCCGUGGGCGACGACAUUUUCGGCCACGGCCUCAUCUCCGGCAUGCGCGCCGACGGGAUCGACAUGUCCGGGGUCGCCAUCAAGUCCGACCACAAGACCGGCGUGGCCGUCAUCACCGUCGAGGAAUCGACAGGGGAGAACCGGAUCAUGCUCGCGCCCAACGCAAACUACACCCUCCGCCCCGAGGAUUUUACUUCUAUCCCAUCCCCGCCCAAGCCGGACUUGAUUGUCCUGCAGCUCGAAAUUCCGCUGGCCACCGUGCUAGCCAUCCUCUCCGCCGCGCAGAAGGAGGGUAUUCCCGUCCUGCUUAACCCCGCCCCGGCAGUCGACUUGCCCGCCGACGCGUACCCGAAGCUCACACAUCUUGUUCUCAACGAGACUGAGGCGGCACUCUUGUCUGGACAAAAGGAUCUCGGAGGAGAGGAAGAGGAAGCAGACCUGUCCAAGAUCCCCGCAAUCGCAGAGAGUUUUGUGCGCCGCGGCGUACGUAACGUCAUCGUCACGCUGGGUUCCAAGGGCGUCUACUUUGCCACCCGCGAAGGACUGGACGGAUACAUUCCCGCAGAGAAAGCACAGGUGGUAGAUACCACGGCCGCAGGGGACACGUUUGUCGGCGCGUAUGCCGUCGAGGUGGUGACCCAGCAACAUGUUGGUGCUCCUGAUGGUGAUGAGGAUAAAGAGUUCAAUAUCCGCGAGGCAGUCACAUGGGCGAAUCGCGCCGCGGCCAAGACGGUCGAGAGACACGGUGCCCAGGCUGCCAUUCCUUGGGCCGAUGAAGUCCCGAGGUAAUAUAGUAAAGUAGGUAGUUUGUCGAGUUAUAUCUUUUUAUUGUAUAUUUCAUUGUUUUAUUCUGUAUUGUUUUAUUUUUAUUUAUUGCAUUUAUUUAUUCUUUAUCUUGUUUUGUUUUUAUUCUUAUUUUUAUUCUUUUCAUGUUUUUCAUGUUUUUAUUUUUUUUAUCAGAAUUCUACUGCCGGCUCCGGAGCGAUUAGAAAAAAGUCCUUUUUCUCUCAUAUCCCAAAACGCAUAGACCUAGGAUCUCGCAUCGCGAACCUACAACCUAGAAGAUUACGAUAAGAAAAUUUCAGUUUUAUUUAUACAUCUAUACAUCUGUGCAUCUAUGCAUCUAUGCAUUUAUCCACCAGUAUACCUAUUACACCAC